AUGGCUGAACAAGACAAAUUUGGCUCCCAUUGGGGGUCCAAGCCCAACAACCCAACGACUGAAUCAAUCCCAGUCCCCGUUCCUCGAGGCUCAGGAGCUGAACAGGAUCGCUUCGGCUCUCACUGGGGCUCCAAUGCCAACAAUCCCGCUCGUCGGGAAAUACCCGUGCCUAUGCCCACAGGUUCAGGAGCAGAGCAGGACCGCUGGGCCACUCAUCUCAGCCGUCAGGCUCCGCGCAGUGGCGUAGCUGAGGGCAUCACCAUCCGCGUGCCGACAGCGUCCGGCGCGGAGCAGGACCGAUACGCCGCUCACUGGAGUCCCUCGGCUACCCGCAACGCCGAGGCCGAGGGUAUCAGCGUCCCAGUCUGGACCACCUCCGGCGCCGAGCAAGAUCGAUAUGCAUCGCACUGGAGCCGAGGCGAGGCAAACAACCCUACCAGCAACCGGAUUGGGAUCCCUGUUCGAGGUCCGAGCAGUGGGCACACGGAGCAGGAGAUAUAUGGUGCCCACUUUACACCUGACAGGUACAUCAUCCCUCGCGAUGCGACGGCAAUUGGAAUACUGAAGGACACUCUUCUGCCCUCUGUUGGUCUCCACUCUGGUCUCAGCAUUGCUGCCUAUGCUGCUUCUCGGGUUGCCAACCGUGUUGACGGAAAAGACUGGCUCUGGCCUGUUGGCCCGGUUGCGAACGCUUGGUGGAGUGCAGUCGGUACCCGCGUCGUCUACGACGGUGUGUCUGUUGGCACUGCUCUCUCGACUCUGGUCUACCCGGACAAAGUCCUUCUCGGUGGAAUCACAGCAUGGGGCGCUCGUCUCUUCUACCAAGUCGCCUCUCGAAGCGCCAAGUCAAACUCUGACGACGGCCGAUACCUUGCGGACAAGCAGGAACCUGGUUUCUGGAACAAGGCCUUCUUCAAAUAUUUCCUCCCUGAAGCGGUCGUGCAGGCUGUAAUCUCCCUGCCUUUCACACUGUCUCUGCACAACCCAUACGCAAGUGCUCGCUCGUCUCUGUCAGCUCCUCUCGAAUGGGCUCACGACGCCGCAGUCUUUGUUUUCAGUGCUGGAUUUGCCCUUGAGGUCCUUGCGGAUUACCAACUCAACAAGCACAAGAAGAAGACUGGCAAUGCUACCCUGAACCGCGAGGGUGUCUGGAGCAUCGUGCGCCACCCCAACUACCUCGGUGACGCCCUCGUCCAUUUCUCGUUCCCCCUCUUCCUGUGGGGAUCUGGCAAGCUCCAUCCCAUCACUCUCCUUGCACCGGCCGCCAACUACGCAUUCCUGAGAUACGUCGGUGGCGAUGCUCAGAACGAGGCCUACCAGGAGCAGCAGUACGCCAAGACCAACCCGGUCAAGGCCAACGAGUUCGCCGAGUACAAGGCAACUAAGAACAGUUUCUGGCCCAAGACUCAGGAGGCUGCCAACCCAUGGGCUUUGGCAGUCGUUGUAGCAGGCGCUGUGGGUCUCGCUGCUGAAAGGGCUGUGCGGCACUUUGCGCUGCAGCCCUGA